AUGCCCUGCGUCGCCUGUGCAGGGGCUCCUGCUGCUCGGCUGACCUCGGCUGGACCCGAGCAGGGCUCGGAGGAGGCCGGCGGAGGCAGGGGACAUGACCAGGUGCGGAACCUGCAGAGUGAGGUGGAGGGAGUCAAGAAUAUCAUGACCCAGAAUGUGGAGCGGAUCCUGGCCCGUGGGGAAAACCUGGACCAUCUCCGCAACAAGACCGAGGAUCUGGAAGCCACCUCAGAGCACUUCAAGACCACGUCUCAGAAGGUGGCACGCAAGUUCUGGUGGAAGAAUGUGAAGAUGAUCGUGCUCAUCUGCGUGGUCGUGUUCAUCUUCAUCCUCCUCAUCGUGCUCUUCAGCACGGGUGCCAUCCCCACCUAGGCUGCCCUGCCCCGCUCCUCCAAGGAACGCUACCCGGUGAGGCCCCUGCCACGCCCCAGGAGCAACUUGAUGCCCAGAAGGCGAGAGCUGGACUGGUCCCUAGAGCUGCUUGGGAAGACCCAGAGGACCCUGUGUGUGGCUGGGAAACUGUUGGUGGCUGGUGGGCAAUAAAGACCUUUCAGUGUC